AUGCAGGGUUACUACUAUUUUGUGAAAGUGGCUUUUAAGGGUACUGAUACCCAUUUAGACUUUUCUAAUUGCUUGAAUCUUAUUUUGGGAUCUCUUGGAAGAGGCAGUCAGCUGGUUCAACAUUUGCUUAACUCAGCUAUCAUUCACAAUAUCUGGCUCAUCUGGACUGAAAGAAACCAAAGAUGCUUUAAUGAUAAACACAGUUCCAUGACUACUUUAUUCAAUAAUAUGUUAGCUGAAGUGAAACUUAGCUAUCAUUUAGUUCUGGUCAAGGGGAAUUCCUGCAUGCAGGAUUUCAAAAUAUCCAGACUGUUCAGCAUUCCUUUGCAUACUAAAAGAGUUGUGGAUUGGUGUCCACCCCCUUAUAAUACUAUUAAAAUUAACUGUGAUGGAUCCUCUAUAGGUACCCAGCCUUGUGGUGCGAUUGGUAUUGUUUUCAGAGAUUACAGGGCCAAUUUCUUGGGAGCUUUUGCUAGUAAUAUAGGUCAUGCUUCUGCUAUUGAAGCAGAAUUCUCUGCCUGUAUGAUGGCCAUUGAAAAGGCUAGAGAUAUGCUCUUAACUCAAAUCUGUCUGGAAACUGACUCUUUACAGGUGUUUAAAGCUUAUAACAAGAAUAUUGGAGUGCCUUGGAAGAUGAGAAGCAGAUGGCUAAACUGUUUGAGCUUUUGCAAAAGUAUCAAUUGCUCUUUUAUGCACACUCUUAGGGAGGGGAAUAUUGUUGCAGACACUUUAGCUAAGAAUGGUCAGGGAUUAGCUUUAUACUCUACUCAAUGGUGGCCUUCCCCACCCAAUUUCAUUUUGUCUCUUCUGGAUAGGGAUAGAUUAGGAUUGUCUAUUUCUAGAAUGACAUAG